AUGGUGGUGGAUGAUGAUGAUGAUGCUGAUGAUGAUGAUGAUGAUGAUGAUGAUGAUGAUGCUGAUGAUGAUGAUGCUGAUGAUGAUGGUGAUGAUGAUGCUGCUGAUGGUGAUGAUGAUGGUGAUGAUGAUGAUGCUGGUGCUGAUGAUGAUGGUGAUGAUGAUGCUGAUGAUGAUGAUGAUGCUGCUGAUGGUGAUGAUGAUGAUGGUGAUGAUGAUGGUGAUGCUGAUGAUGAUGCUGAUGAUGAUGGUGAUGAUGAUGGUGAUGCUGAUGAUGAUGAUGAUGAUGAUGGUGAUGAUGCUGCUGAUGAUGGUGAUGAUGGUGCUGAUGAUGAUGAUAAUAAUAGUCAAAUAAUCAUUUAA